AUGCCUCCGAUACCUUACCGUACCUACGUUCGCGGCCAUCCUGGCUCCACUCAAGAAGAGAUUGACAACGAGCCUGAUUGGAGCUUGGGCAAGAAUCACAUUGGCUUUCGCGACCGAUAUGAUCGUGUCCCUGGACUGGUACACAGCGGCGAUGAUUCCGACAGUGAAGACAGCAAUGAGUCUUUCGAAAAGGAAGCUGCAGAAGAAUCCGACGAGCUGCAUCAGGAUUUUAAGAAUCACCAAAAAUUGGUCAACUUUCGUGAAGCGAAGGAAAAGCAAGAGGCAUGUGCAGACAUUGCCAAGGACUACUCUUUAGAGGAGCCGGAAGAACAUCCCAAUGGCUGGCGUUACAGACUAAACGAAUCCGAAGACUUCAUCAAGAACCAACAGCCUUGGCCUGCUAAUUUGAAACGCCAGAAGCAGAAGGAGGAGAAAGAGAAGGAGGAAAAAGAGAAAAAAGAGCAAGAGGAGAAGCAAGAACAAGAGCAUGAAUGGAAGGAUGGCAACCUCAAUCGCGGCAGACACAAUGAUGCCUAUGCUUCGAGCGGCGGACAAGAUGACUCAAAGGUCACCAAAAAGGAUAGCGACAAGCAGGAUGGCAAGAAUUCCAAGCCAAAAUCCGAAUACGAGAAACUGCGGGAAAAGUACAGUGUCCAAGAGAUUGCGCUGCUGCGAAAUCUGCAAGCGGAGAAGAAGAUUGUUGAGAACCUCAAGCAAAGCGAUGGCAAGAUGAAGUCGCCUUGGGCACACCUCGAGCCUUCUGAUGUGAUCGACGAUGCCGACCGCGCCAGUCCGGACAACUGGAUCCCGAGAAAUUCGAACAUGAUUCGUCUUACUGGCAAACACCCUCUGAAUGCCGAAUAUCCUCUCAAAGAUCUGUUUGAGACAGGUCUGAUCACUCCAAAUCGCCUUCAUUACGUGAGAAACCAUGGACCCGUACCACAUUUGCUGUGGGAGACACACGAGCUGGACAUCGAAAACGGGAAGUGCAAGUUUAGUAUGGACGACCUCGAGAACAAGUUCGAAAGCGUCAACAUUGCAGUCGCACUGGCCUGUGAUGGUAACAGACGCAAGGAGUUGAACAUGAUCAAGAGAUCAAAAGGUUUCAAUUGGGGCGCCGGAGCAAUCAGUAAUGCAUUCUGGAAAGGUGCCCUUCUGUGCGACGUUUUGAAAGCGGCUGGAGUCGACUAUCCUACCAAUGGAUCUGGUGUCAGAAGAUGGGUCAACUUCGCGGGUUCGGACCAGCCAUCGGAAGGUACUUACGAGACCUGCAUUCCAUACGAGUAUGCUAUGGACCCGGUAAAUGAUGUCCUGCUGGCUUAUGAGAUGAACGACGUGAAGUUGCCUCCUGAUCAUGGAUAUCCUCUACGAGUCAUUAUUCCUGGAUAUGUUGGUGGCAGGCAAGUCAAAUGGCUGAAGAGGAUCUGGAUCAGUGAGAAGGAAAAUGACAGUCACUAUCAUAUCUGGGAUAAUCGCGUGCUGCCUGCUUUUGUCACUGAGAAAGACGGUGAGUUCUCAGAAACUCUCUUCCGUCAUCCCGAUACGGCAUGCAACGAGCAAAACUUGAACUCGGUCAUCGCAAAGCCGGGACAUGGCGAGCGCAUUGGGGUGUCUGGCGUCAAGAAGGGUCAGACCUACCGUAUUGCUGGCUACGCCUAUGACGGUGGUGGUCACGAGGUGCAGCGAGUUGAAGUCAGUCUUGACAACGGUGAGACAUGGCUGUACUGUAUCAGAGAGUUUCCCGAAGCUCCAGUCAGACAUGGCCACAAAUACUGGACCUGGAUUCACUGGUACAUUGAUAUCGAAAUGGCCCACUUGCUCAAAUCUCCGAGCAUCACCGUGCGGUGCUUUAACGUCUUCAAAAACACUCAGCCCCAGGUUGGCUCAUGGAACGUCAUGGGCAUGAUGAACAAUGGCUGGUACAAGGUCAAACCUGAGAUCACCGCGGACAAGGACAACAAUAUCGAGAUCCUCUUCCGUCAUCCUGUCGAGCCAGGCACUGGUACCGGCGGAUGGGUGGAGCCUAGCGCCGAUGAGAAGAUUGCCAGCGCAAAGCAAAGUGCAAGCACACCUCAAAAGCAGUUCACCAGAGAAGAAAUUGAGAAGCACGAUAAGGAAGACGAUUGCUGGAUUGUGGUCGACGGCAAUGUCUAUGAUGCGACCUCUGUGCUUGACUGGCAUCCUGGUGGUAAGGCAACCAUCAUGAACCAUGGUGGCAAACUCUCGCAAGAGACUUCAGAGAGCUUCGAGUCCAUUCACGAUGGCUAUGCUUACAAGAAGCUUGCUGAAUGUAUUCUUGGUACAGUGACGGACAAGGCCAAAGCACACAUGAAGAAAGAAGCAGAAGCAGCAGCGAAAGCCAAGGCAGAAGCUUCGAACAAGAAGACCGAUGUCGUGCUUUCCAUGCAGCAAUGGUACCCUGUCACCCUCAAGAAGAGGAAAGAUAUUUCCGAAGAUACCCGCCAAUACACCUUCAGCCUCGGCGACAAAUCCAAAAAGCUCGGCCUUGGUACUUGCCAACACCUGCAGAUCGGUUUCCACAUGGCCGACAAGAUGCUUGUCCGCUCUUACACGCCCACUGCACCCAUCGUUGGCGCAGACACUGAGGAUGGCACCUUCGAUCUCGUUGUCAAGACCUACUUCCCUACUGAUGAUCAACCUGGUGGUGCCCUCAGCAACAUUCUCGAUGUCAUGAAAGAAGGCGAAGAAGUUGAGAUCCGCGGUCCUACUGGCGACAUCAAGUAUCUGGGCGACGGCAAGUUUGAGAUCUUUGACGAAGAACAGCAGUUUGAGAACAUCACACUGAUUCUCGGUGGUUCUGGUAUCACACCUGGAUACCAGUUGAUUGCCAGAAUCAUGGCUACGGACAGCGACAAGACGAAGAUCAAGGUCGUGGAUGCCAACAAAGAUGAAAGCUCAAUCUUGCUGCGUGAGGAUAUGGACAAGUUUGCCGAAGAGCACAAGGACAGCUUCGAGGUACAGCAUAUUCUCAGCCACCCAUCAGACGAUUGGAAAGGCGAGAAGGGCCAUGUCGACGCAGACAAGAUCAAAAAGUACAGCUAUGCGCCUGAGAAGGAGAGUGGCAAGAAGAAUGUUGUAUUUUUGUGCGGUCCUCCGGCCAUGAUUCAGAAGGCUGCUAUGCCUGCAUUGAAGGAUUGGGGAUAUGAGGAAGGCAAGGACAUGUUUGGAUUCUAA